GUCAAGGACGAAGGUAGAAACAGUAGCACUAUUUAGAAGAAUUCCAUUAGUACCAAGAAAUAGAACUGAGAAUGUGGCUUUCUUUAGUUUCAUGCUGUGUUAUAGCAUGCAUCACAUUGCCGAUAUAUGCUGAUGAUACACCAAAAAUUGAAAUUCUGCCAAGUACAGGCCCUCUAAAGGUUCUAGAAGGUGGUAAGCUUGAGAUAACAUGUAGAUAUUCCACCAAGGCUGCCAAACCGGACCCAAACUCACUGAUCAUCAAAAGAUCUCUUGACCGACAGGGCGACAUAAAGAAUGCAGUCAAACUUAUGAACCUGGGAUUUGAGAUCCAUCAGUCAACCAAUCCAGGAGCUACACCUUAUGAUUGGAAUGUCAUCACUCUCAAAGUCUCCAAAUCUGGACCCAAACUCACUAUCAAGGAUACUGGCCGCUAUUACUGUAUUUAUGAAGAACAGUACAAAUUUUUCCAAAAAGAUGUGGAUGUCUUCAGAGUUGUGUCCCCUCCUGAGGUAGUGUACAAUGAGACAAGCAGCACAUUAAGCUGUGUUCCUGAGUUCAGCACGGAGACAACUGAUAGGGAAUAUACAUUGGCCUGGAGCAAGAAUGGCUCAAAAUCUCUGAUAGAUAGUCUGAGCGACAGAUACUCGCUGGAGGGCGAGCAGAGAGAGAGACUUGUUAUCACCAAACCUGAAUGGGGAGAUCUCGGUCGCUACCAAUGCGCUUUUACAUUCACAUCCACUCAGCAGACAGUGACCAACUUCAUUGACCUUAUUGGACCACCCAAAGUGAAUGAAAAGACCUUUGACUCUUCCAAGAACUAUGUACAAGGUGACAACCUUAUCCUGAAGUGUCCAGUGACAGGAUAUCCCUACCCAACAGUAUCCUGGCUCCGUGACGAUGUCCUGCUGAAUGCAGGAGACCGUGUUGUCAUCAAUGAUGAAGGCACCUUGGUCAACGGCAAACUGACCAUUUACAGUCUGGAGUUUGAGGACAAAGGCACUUAUAAAUGCAUGGCCAACUCCACCUAUGAGGGCUUCAAGGCUGCACAUGCUACAACAGUUGUCAGAGUCAAGGAUCGUCUUGCUGCUUUGUGGCCAUUCCUUGGAAUUGUGGCUGAAGUUAUCAUCCUCUGCAUCAUCAUCUUCAUCUAUGAAAAGAGACGUGGAAAGCAGAUGGAGGAUGAAGCUGACUCUCCAGAUUAUCCAGCCAACACUCAAGAUCACCGAGCUGAUGAGGUGAGACAGAGGAAUGUGAGAACCUAGACACAGGCCACUGUCCAAAUGGACAGAAACAACAUCCUGAUGAGGAAUUAGCUGGUACCUCCGUACAGAGAAGCAACAUCCUCAUAAACUGAUACCUUAAAAACAUCAUAGAUCCAUGCUACAGACAGUUAAAAAAAAACGAAAUUUAAUUUCAAUAAAAUAUUAUCUAAACAAGAAGCCAUGGGUCCUAAAAAAAUGAUGUGUGAUGAAAAAGUAUGAGGAAAAACAAAUAUCUGUGUCUGUUGUAAAUAUUUGAUUUGAAUUUCUGUGUGAUGUACGGGUAUGAAUGAUGAUAGGGUAACAAAAUGAACAGGAUAUAAUGCAGGUCUUCAAAGCAUGGAUCUCGGAUGUUAAAGGCGUUGGUCUCCUACGUAAAAAUCAUGGGUGUUAAAUGUUCACCAUGGCUGGUAUUAUGAUCAGUCUCAUGCAUUUCUUUGCAUGGUGAGUAAGAAAGCAAGUAACAUGAACUUGAUUGGAUGAAAGUGGGUUUUUUUAAGGUAUGUAAUGUGUAUGCGUGAAAGAGUGCUCAUGUUAUCUUAAUCUUAAUAAUCAGGGUUUAUUUGUUAAAUUAUGGUAAUUUUCAUGAAUAGAUAAUGUACCUAAUUCUUCUUAUGUAUUGUAUGAAUGUUAUUUUCACAAAAUUCUGUUUGAGAAAAGAUCACAAAUGACCAUAAUUGUAUCCAUAUUGAUACAGAAUCAAAGGGGUUUAGGCUUAGUAGGUUAUGUAUGCAACCUACAAGAGCACAAAGAAGUGCUACACAGCCGUACUGUAACUAUAAAACUUUUUAAGAUGUAGGUAUGAAAAGUUUUCCAUGGAAUAUUUCAAAUGUUUCAUUAAAAGAACUGAAAAAUUGUUUUAUUUAAAAGGAAAAGGGUAAAUAAGCAAAGCUUUCUAUAACAAAUUGAUUUUUUAUUUGGCAGAUGAAAUUAAACAGCUCAUUUUGUGAACUUGCGUACAAUGUUAGAUGGAUUGGAUACACAUAGGUGUUUGUAAAGAUAAUGUUCUUAAUCCUAAAGUUGUUGUAAAUCAGAAAUUAACUAGUAUUGACAAAUUGAAUUUUGAGAGUAUAUUGCAUAUUAGUUUGGAAAACUUUUGUACUAUUUAGAGAAUAAAGACUAGUGUUGAAAGAGUAUGGAAAGUAAAGAGUUAAUAAUGCUUUUACUUCUUAUAAUAAAUGAUUUUCAUCGUAAUUUUGUACUUUAUAUAACAGACAUGUUCAGGUAGUAUUCAGAUGAAUGUUAUCAAAAUGUAGAUUCCAAUUCAAACAUGAUAUUGUAUGUUGUUUGUUACUCAAGUGAUUUUAUAUGUUUUAACUCUUAAUACAAAUGAUUUAUAUUUAAUUUAUGUAAUUUGUUUGUCCAUGCUGCAUAUGUUGUUGGUUUUAUUAUAUGCCGUUUCUUUUAAUACAUAAACAAAACAUAGGAGUGAUAUUGAAUUCUUUUCUUAAUUUUGUCAUUUGCACACCCUAUCAACUUCAUUAUACAUUUUAUUUGAAAAUGGACUUUGAAAAUGAAGAUUGGAUUCUUUUCUUUCUUAAUUAUCUGAAAUAAUGAACAAGCCAUCUUUGAAAAUUAGCAUAUUUUAAACAAGACAUUGAAAGCCUUACUGUCUAAUUUAGUUCUAGCUGUGUAAGCCAUGUUUCAUUUUCUGUCCGCACAAUGUGAUAAAAUGUUGUAUAUUAUUUGAAGCAUAAUCAGUCUAGAACUGGUUACCAAAAUUUUACAUUUAACAAUAUUAAAUCCAUGAAAUACCUGCAGAAGUAUUAGUGAUAGGGGAUUUCUGCAGUUGCAGUUUCUUUCUAAUAGUCAAAUGAAGUAAUAUAAUCUGCUUGCGUUGUUUGUAAUUUAUAUUGUAUCUCUUUACUAGUGUAUUUCUAUCUUUCAAAGUGGAAAAGAAAACUACAGCAGUAAAUCUAUUGAUUCUGUUUUCAUUUUUUUUAAUUCUAUUAUGCUUGCCAUUGAUAUGGAACAAUGUGGACUUCAAAUUUUGUUGUUGUUCUAAUAUAUCUAAUGCUAAAGGUGAAUCGAGUAGCCUCUUUCAGUGUGUAUUGUGGUUCUAAUAUAUCAGAUGCUAUAGGUGAAUCGAGUAGCCUCUAUCAAUAUGUUUUGUGGUACAUGUGUAUCUAAUGCUAUAGGUGAAUUGAGUAGCCUCUAUCAAUAUGUUUUGUGGUACAUGUGUAUCUAAUGCUAAAGGUGAAUCGAGUAGCCUCUAUCAGUAUGUUGUGUGGAACAUGUAUCUAAUGUUAAAGGUGAAUCGAGUAGCCUCUAUCAAUAUGUUUUGUGAUUCUAAUAUAUCAAAUGCUGUCGGUGAAUCGAGUAGCCUAUGUUGGUAUGUUUUGUGAUUAUGGUGUAUCUAUGCUGUAGGAAAAUUGAGUUACAUUCUCAGGUGUGUGUUUCAAGAUUAUCUAAUGCUGUAGGUGAAUCAAGUAGCCUACAUGCUUUUCUGAUUUCUUACAGCAUCAAUGAAAAGCUUGGCUUGGUUGUCACUUUUGUGUUAAAUGUAGAAUAGACGUAAUAUUCUGGAUUUUGCCAAUCUUGGUAUUUCAAUACAGACCUCCUGAUGUAUAUUUUCACAUGACACACAUAUAGAAACAUCUGCACUUCAAUUCAGUAUAUCUGUACUAAAUGUUUUUUUUAUCACAUUUUAAACCAAUUUUCGUCAUGCAGAAAUUCCAAGUGUAUUUCUUCUAUCAUCACAGUAUAACAUACUUGUUUUCCAAUUAAUGUUGAUUUUUAUGCUAAGAGCAUUUUUUUUUUUUUUUAAUAAUUUAAGUACACAUUUUUCACUUUUGUGAUUAGUCCCAAUAAAAAAAAAGUUAGAAAAAUCUUUAGAUAUUUAGGUAUAUUUUAGAUAUGUAGUAACUACAAGAAAAUAUGUAUAACACAGAACUUUGUUAACUAAAGGUGCAUGUUGAGCCUAAUUGACACACAAAUCUUCAUCAAUAUUAAAACAUUGUUAUGAAAAUACUGCAUUCAAUGCAUGUUACAUCCAAACGUCUUGACAUCAGUUUUGAUUUGUUCAUUGCUAUUCAAUAAUUUUAAAAGCAGGAUGUUUCUAUAGUGGAAUGAGCAGCACAGAUUGAUAGGUUCUUGGUAUGUUAAUUAAGUGUACAUCUCUAUGCUCUACACAAGCAAUACUCUAGGUAUGUGUACAUUGGAUAGGAUUUUAUUUUUGAAUCGAGUCACCAGUUGAAUUUUAUUGUUUUAAUAUCUACCCAUAUGAAAUAAUAACAUGUGUUAGAGUAACUGUUAUUCCCUUAAUAAUCCAUAUUUUUAUAUUCUAUCAUUUUUUUUCCAUUCCAACAGCAGUGAGUUCUGAUAUUUCCCAUACCAAAGCAUUUAAAUGUAUAGUAGACAUGCAGGUCAUGCAGUUUAAAAGUCCAAACAUUAGAAUUAAUACUUCUACAUGAAAUGUGUUCAAAUCAUCGUGCAGAAAAGAAAAAAACCAAGUUCAGAAAAUAUUCCUGAAAUGGUUUAGGAUUUAUUUCAUGAUUAUUUUUUUUUUUCUCUUUUUCAAAUUUUCAACAUACCACCAGCCCCCUCCCCCUUCCCCUAUUUUUGUCAUGGAAUUAAUGAACCAUUUUGCCCCUGUGAAAUAAUACUUGUGUAGUGGUUAUGUGUUCCCCAUUAACCUUUACAUAGUAGAUUUUAGAGUGUAUAGGAUAUAGCUGAAAUUGCAACGGUCAACACAUUCAUCCAUAAAUCCUCGUAAUAAUUCUGUUCAGAAUUACUUUCCCUGUUCAUAAAGACCUCAAUUCUGCAGGAAUGAACUGCUGUACCUCAGCCUUGUCCAUUGCAGCUCCUAUUCUCUUAUUGAUCUUACAAAACCUUGGGAAAGUAACACGGCAAACAAAGUCCGUAUUUGAAAGAGAGAUGAGGAUUUAUGAUAUAUUAUUUUUUGUGUUUUUACUUAAGGACAGUUACAUGAAGUGAAGAUAAAUUGCUGGUGUUUGAUCGUCUACCCUGCUUUAGGAGAAUUUAGACAGAAUUUCCUUAAUAUGUUACAAUGUAAUACACUGUAUAUUAGUGAUUCAAUAAAAAAAGGAGAAAAUGUAACAA